AUAACGUUUCGUUAACGUUGUGUUUUGUAUUCGUUAAUAAUAGAGUUCUAUAAAUUGUCUGUUAAAAUUAAUAGAAGUUGUAAAUGGUCGGUUAAUUUGUUUGAUAUUAAUUCAUAUAACUUAAUAAGUUAUGGGUUCCAGUAGUAAGAAAUACAAGGAAAAAGAAUCUCGUAAGCGUCGCCACAGAAGUCCUAGUAGAAGUUACGAUGACGAUUAUGAUGUACAACGAGAAAAAAGACAUAAACAUAAAAAACAUCACCAUCAUCAUAAAGAAAAACGAAAGGAAAGGCUGGAAAGGGUUCCCAGGCAGGAAUAUGAAAGUGACAGUUCUGAUGUUGUGGAGAUUAUUCCUGACGAUUCACAAUCAGCUCCUCCAACAAAAGCUAAUGAUAAAUCACCGGAAAAUUCAAGUCAAGGAGUUGAAAGUUUAUCCAUUGACGAAACCAAUAAGUUGAGGGCUAAAUUAGGUUUAAAACCCCUAGAUAUUGGCUCAAGCAGUGGAAGUAAUGCAGGAGCAAAAGGCGAUGGUAAAAAGAAGGAUGAUUUGGGGGAAUUUUAUCAUAAACCAGCAGAAAAUUUACAACAAAAAGCUCAACAAGAGAAGAUGCGGAAUAAAUUAGCAGAAGCUAGAGAAAAAAGACACCUCCAUAACAAGUAUGCCAAAGUCAAGACCCUUGGUGAAAGUGAUAGUGAUGAUGAUGUUGAGUCAUGGAUUAACAAAAAUAGGAAAAUUGAUGAGGCUAAAAAGGAAGCAGAAAAAAGAGCCAAAAUGCUGGAAGAAUUGGAUGCACAAUUUGGUGUAAGUGAAGUUGUGGAAUCCGAAAAAAGAGAAAAAAUGCGACAGAAGUACUCGGAACGAGAUUUAAAAGGUUUAACUGUGGAACAUGACCUGGAUAGUUUUAUGGAAGAACGUACCACUAUACUAACUCUCAAAGAUAAAGGAGUAUUAGAUGAAGAUGAAGAUGUUUUAGUAAAUGUCAAUAUGUUAGAUAACGAGCGGUAUAGAAAGAGCGUCGAAAAUAAGAAAAAGAAGAUAUUAUAUAAUGCUUAUGAAGAUGACGAAUUUGAUGAAUUUGGGAAUCCUAAGGAAAAGUCAUUAUUAUCAAAAUAUGAUGAAGAAAUAAAUGGUGCCAAGAAGGAUAGUUUUAAGAUCGGUUAUGAUAAUGCCAUUGAAAGAAAACAAGCCAUAACUCAAUCGGUGAAAGAGAAGUUGGCAAAAAAAAAGCUUGAAAGCAUAGGAGAGACGCAGCUAAAGCUGGCUUCAGAGUACUACAAUGAAGAAGAAUUAGCCAAAUUUAAGAAGCCUAAAAAGAAAGUAAGGAAAAUAAGAUCGAAAGGAAAACUGCUCACUGCCGAUGAAUUACAAGAACAGCCACAAAAUACUGGAAUUGAAGCAAUAGGUUCCAGAAGACCAAAAUAUAAAAAUGAUCCCGAUUUAAAUAUAGAUGACGUUCCAUCUGUGGACAUUCCAUCUGAUUUAAAAAUAGAAGAAAAAGAUGAUUUGCUUGAAAAAGCAUUACACAAAGCUAGGAGGAUUAAGCAGAAAGAAAAUAUUGUGGCGGAUAUCAUAAAAAGUGAAAUCAAAACUGAAGUGGAGGAGGAAAAUAUUGAUAGUGGAAACAUCAUACUAAAUGCUACAGCAGAAUUCUGUAGAACAUUAGGUGACAUUCCAACUUACGGCAAGGCUGGUAAUCGCGAAGAGACUGAAGAGCUCAUAGACUUCGAAAAAGAUAUAGUGAAUGAAGAAAAUAGUGAUGACGAUUGUGAAAUAAUAGAACCAACUGGUUGGAAUUCUGUAGACCCUACAAAUCAAGGCAUAGAUUCCACCCAGAUAACGCCCCAAGAAGUCCAAAUUUUGGAUGAAGAACCAGAUGUCAGUACGGGUGUCGGAGCAGCUCUCAAACUAGCUAUGAGCAAAGGUUAUUUAGAUAAAGAACAAAAUAAUCGUCCUUCUAAUUCUCGUCUUGCACACUUGCAAGCCAAACAUUAUUCUAUAGAAGACAAGUCAUAUGGUGACGAGGGCGAUAGACAGAAUAGAAGGGAACGAUAUUCAGGUCCUAUAACAGAUUUUAAGGAAAAAGAUGGUUUUAAACCUAACGUAAAACUUGAAUAUAUCGAUGAUGAGGGUCACAUUUUAAACUCGAAAGAAGCUUUCAGAUAUUUGUCACAUAAGUUCCAUGGCAAGGGACCUGGCAAAAAUAAGAUAGAAAAAAGGAUCAAGAAGGGUGUUCAGGAACAGCUUAUGAAAAAGAUGAGUUCUACAGACACACCAUUAGGGACUCUGAACAUGCUUCAAGCCAAGCAAAAAGAAACCCAAUCUCCAUUUGUUGUACUUUCUGGAAGUAAACAGUCACAGUCAACAGCUUUAUCAAAAAGUAGGCGAUGAAUUGGAAACCAUUCGUAUAAUAGUUCGUAAGGAAUUGCAUUGUAGGUAGGUUCAGGAAGAUCAACUUUUUUGUAAUUAAAAAAAGAAGUAAUUUUAAAGAUUUUAUUUAAUAAUUGUACGAUUUUCGUACCAACAUCAAAUUAAUGUUAUAUGUACAGCCAUGUUAUAUAAUAAAAUAGUUUUAUGCUAA